AUGGUGAUCACACUAGGGAAGGAUGCCCCUUCAUACAACAUGGUGAAAAAGUGGGAUGCUGAAUUCAAACGUGGAGGGGGUCGUCCGGGUAGGACAGUCGUCAUCAUGGCAGACAGACGAGUAACGGAGUGUUGCACUGAGUUGGGUAUCCCCCAGGAACGCAUCCAUGCAGUCAUCCACAACGAAUUUCAAAUGUCCAAGGUGUCAACACGUUGGGUCCAAAAGCUCCUUGGACCUGUUCUGAAACGGACCCGGCUCAACAUGUCAAGGGAAAAUCUUGCCAUUUUUGAGGCGGAUCCCAACAGUUUUCUUCGGCGAUUUGUGACUAUGGAUGAGACCUGGGUCCAUCACUUCCAACCAGAGACGAAGCAACAUCGAAGCAGUGGAAACACCCAGGUUCUCCGCCUCCCAAGAAAGCCAAAACUGUGA